CGGUGCCUGCCGCGGCGUCGCUCGCGGAGCCGUACCUCCUUACGGGCCUGCCGGCGGGCGAGGUAGUGGACGACAGCCGGUGAGGGCAAACGGGCCGGAUGGGGAGGGCGCCCAGGGCCGCGGGCCGCUGAGCCGGGCCGCGCUGCCGUCGCUGGCCUCCUGGCCGCGCCCCCUCCGUCGCCGCCGCUGCCCCGAUACCGGCGCGGCGGGCCGCCUUCGCGGAGGAGACAGCCUCCACUUUCCGUCCCUCCGCGAGCGCGACGCGGGGUGCCCCGCCCCGCCCGACAGGUGCUGCCCUCCGAGUCGCGGAUUCUGACGCGGAGCCUGACCGCUGCCCUUCUGAUCUGGCCCGUGCGUCUGGGUAGCCGGAGUUUAUCCUGGAGGAGCACGGGCUGCGCAGGUACAAAACUCAAAACAUGAACAAUGAUAUGUAUUACCAAUGUUCAAAGCUGAUUUCGUUAGAACUGGAAUACAGUUGCCUACAACAUAUUCCAGAGGAAUUAGAAAAGUCAAAGUAAUGGAUAACAGAAAAGAUCCUCCAUUCUUCAAUGAAGAUAAUGCGGGACCAUUUUACUACAGACUUCCUUUCUAUGAUACCAUGGAGCUCUUCAUUGAAACACUGACUGGAACAUGUUUUGAGCUGAGAGUUUCACGCUUUGAAGCUGUUAUUUCCGUGAAAGCAAAAAUUCGAAGAUUGGAAGGUAUUCCCAUCUGUCAGCAGCACUUAAUUUGGAAUAACAUGGAACUUGAAGAUGAUUAUUGCUUGAAUGAUUACAACAUUUCAGAAGGUUGUACCUUGAAGCUGGUUUUGGCUAUGCGUGGUGGACCUAUAAAUACUAGAAGAGUUCCUAUGGAAGAUCCACUUAGGGAGAUGAAUGAGUACAUGGAUUCCAGUCGAGAUGAGGUCUGGGAGAAGACCUCCUGCAACAAACAAGUUACAUUUCUGGUAUACCGAGAAGGAGAUCAAUUGAAUUUCUUUCGUGUAGUAGACAGGGGAGAUGGCACUUUAACACCAUUAUCUGAAUCUUUAAGUGGUGGUUCUGUGUAUAAUUUGCAUACUGAUGAAGAUGAGGAAAUUGAGCCUUCUCCUUCUGGGCAACAGAUAAUUGAAAAUUCAAUAACUAUGAAUAAGAUGAAACUGCUGAAGGCUAAGAUGGAGAACAUGAAUCUCAGCAAAAAGCCUAAGAAAGCUGUCAAGGUAAAACCUCGUCCACCUGUAGUUCCUCGACCUUCCAGUAGUUCCACGGCAGCUGCUCGCCACAGAUUGUUAAGGGUUCUCCCCCACAUUGGGCAGUCUUGUUUACCUUCUCCUGGGAACACAUAUCUGCCUGACUCAGCCAGCAAUGCCAUUUCAAGUUUGGCAGCUCUGCCCCCUGCUGAUAGAUCCAUAUCAUCUAUCGCUAGUGAUUUUCUUAAGGAAGACGAUAACUGGGAGAGUAACACACAGUCUCAUUCCAAUAGUGGCUUCAAACUACCACCUCAGAUACCCGCUAUGGAGUUUGAAAAUGACAAAGAGCUUGCUGAUUCUAUUCUCCAUCUUGGAUCAUCCCUACCUAGGCGGACAAAAAACUUUUCAGGAAAUUUGUCAUCUAAUAAUGAGGAUGACACUGUUUUAUUUCCAACUUCAGAAGAGUGUGUAACUGAAGAAUUGCUUCUACCUGAAGUGGGUUCGUUUGCUUCCUUUACCGAAGGAAAUGCUGAUGAACAGAGCAGUGGCUUAGAAGGCACACGGAAGGUAAAUCCAGAAUCCUCACUCACUAAUGGUGAUAAAGGGUUGAAAGCUACAGAGCAGCAUCUUAAAUAUGUUGCAAAAGUGUUGAGUGGUGAAUCAGUAGAAGCUGCAGUUUUCGACCACCGUGAAUUAAGUGCUCACAAGAAUAGACUCUUAUCACCUCUUCACUGUUCUGCACCAAUGUCACUACAUCACUCUCUGGUGAAACCACAGAGACAGUCCAAAUGUUUUGAGUCUGGGAACCUCCAGUCUUCUGCUUCACAAAAUGUGCUUCGGUCGCUGGACAUUCGAAAUAUAACUGAUUCUUCUUUCUCUAGGACUACUCGCUUUCGAGCUGUUAAAGUCGAUUCACCUGGGAAAAGAUCUGAUAUUAUUUCUAAAGUUGAGGCUCGGGAUAUCACAGAAAUGGCUAACAAGGCUACCAAAGAGCCUGUUGGUUGUGUAAAUAACAUAGGUUUUCUUGCUUCACUGGCCCGGAGCGCAAGCAGAGACAGCUUGCAGAGCACACGUGGGGCAGGCAGGCUUCGAACCUCUGGAAUUGGGCUGUUUACAAACCUCCAGCAUUUUCAGGAAGAAAGCCUUAGGAAAAGUUCUCCCCAGUUAGAACCUACAGAAUUUUUUUUAUCUGCCCGUGGUAUUGGAAUGAAUGGAAAUAAUACAGCAGCAGGGAAAAGAGUAGGAGAAUGUACUCAUCACCUCCCACCCGUGAAAGCCCCUAUUCAAACAAAGAAGAAAACAACAAAGCAUUGUUUUCUUUGUGGAAAGAAAACUGGACUGGCUACUAGCUACGAAUGCAGAUGUGGAAACAACUUCUGUGCAUCUCAUCGCUAUGCAGAAACUCACAGCUGCACCUAUGAUUACAAGAGUGCAGGGAGGAGAUACUUACAGGAGGCAAAUCCUGUGGUUAACGCACCAAAACUUCCAAAAAUCUAACUCUUGCUCUGCACCUAACUGUUCUGCCCGAGGAAUCGUAUUACAAUGACAGAAGAAAUAUUGUUUAGACUGCAUUAUUUUUGUUCGACUCCAAAAGAUUUGCCAAAUAACAAAAGCAUAUUAUGCAUACUGUUGGAGAAUGAGAAUGCUACUGUAUUUGACAUCUUUAUUCUUUGGUGAAUCAAAAGUUUUAAAAGUAGUUUAAAAAACUUUAUAAUGAUUUAGCUUUGUUAUUGCAUGUCAUGUGUUAAGUAUUUUAUAUUUGAUACUGCAGUUUUACUAGACAAGUCUUCAAAAGAUGCACUUUAGGAAGUUAACAUUGACUAUGUAACCAGCUUCCAUGUUGUACAGAAAUGAGCCUUCAUGUAAUGGCUCUACUCAAAUCUACAAUUU